AUGGUGCGAUUCAAGAAUCGCUACCUCUUGGUCGAGUUGGUGUGGGGUGAUGGAAUGGUGGACUCCUCCAUCUCCGCCGAAACUCUGAAGCGCGAAGUGAAACAUCAAAUUCAACUCAAUUUCGGCGAUUUUGGCGUCGGGCUCAUCCAAGCGACCCUGCAAGUUAAAUAUUGGAAUCACUUGACGAACCUGUGCAUCAUCCGUUGCGCUCGAGACUACUACAAGAUGGUGUGGGCUGCCGUCACGAUGAUCAACACGCUCAACCAGCGAUCCGUGCUCUUCCGCUUGGUUCAUCUCGGAGGUACUGUGACCUGGCCACCGCCCGCCGGCCCUGAUGGCACAAGUCGGCCUUUGUUUUGA